AGGUGUGAGUUGCUCAUUGACAUUAACAUAUCUUUUGUUUCCAAGGGUGGGAGAGGUCUGAGGUGUGAAUGGUCAUUAACAUAUCUUUUGUUUCCAAGGGUGGGAGAGGUCUGAGGUGUGAAUGGUCAUUAACAUAUCUUUUGUUUCCAAGGGUUGGGAGAGGUCUGAGGUGUGAAUGGUCAUUAACAUAUCUUUUGUUUCCAAGGGUGGGUGAGGUCUGAGGUGUGAAUGGUCAUUAACAUAUCUUUUGUUUCCAAGGGUCCGAGAGGUCUGAGGUGUGAAUGGUCAUUAACAUAUCUUUUGUUUCCAAGGGUUGGAGAGAACUGAGGUGUGAA